CUAUAUAAUAAAAUUUCCAAAUUAAAUAUAAGAACGAAAAUACUCUCUUACAAGGAGAAUACCAAAAUUGUCAAAACUCUCUCUCUCUCACUAAAACUUCUUCCUUCACAAGUUUCCAUAUAUUCCUAUUCCAUGUCUAAAGAUCAUCAUCAUCAACUUAACCCACAAAUUCUACCUAAACUUCAAGAAUUUGCAUCACAACACCACGAAGAAAAUCAAGAAGAUGGUGAUGAUCAUCAUCAAGAACAAGAACAAAAACAAGAUCAUAAUCAAGAAAAACAACAACAAGAAGAAGAAGAGUGCAAAACACCAACUUCAAGUGAUCAUAAGAUACCAAAAGUUCAAAGUUGCCCACCAACACCAAAAAAGAAAAAACCUCAAAAAUCAUUAUUGCAUAAAAGAAAAUUUCCUGAGUUUGAGUUCUUUGAAGCUACUAAUAAAGAAGAGGUCUAUUGUAAAUGAUGACAAUCCUAAUAUAUUUAUGAUGGUAAUGGAGAAAAGGACGGUUUCAUACCUAUAGAAUCAAGACAGGAUUCUUUAAGUGGUUUUAUUUUUCUUUUCUCUUUUCUUCUCAAUAGUUCCUUUACAAAAUGUGCAAGUUCUCUUAUGGUAGUACAAUAUUCUUUUUAUGUUUCUUUCCCCUUUCUAUUUAUAUCGAUUUAUUUGUUUUGUCCUUCUUUAUAUAUGUAGUGCAAUAAAGAGAGAAAG